CACUUCUGUGUCCAGGAAUGACCAUAUUUGGAAUCCCGCUGUCUCUGUCACUUUCUGGAGUAGCCGCAGUGAAAGUGUGAGAGAAAUUUAUUUGUUAUUUUACACUAAAAAUAACCAACUUUAUUGAUCUUGCAAAUGAUCUACACCGGUGAUAUUAAGUCUUUAUAAAUCCAAACUAUGUUGUAAUUGUUCUGAAAAGUAACUUUCUAAUACUGCAUGAGUUCCUAUCCCUACAAUGUGUACAAGCAAAACGAUACUAGAAUUCAACACAACUAAUCAAUCGCGCCCACAAACCAUGGCCUUUCUACAUUCCUUCUAAAGCACAACCACUCUUCGAAAAGAUGGUACCCUAUCACUUGUGUAUCUUCUCUCCUUUACACAUUGUUGUCUAUCUACAGCAACGCCCCAAGUCUACUUACUACAAUAAUUUCCAAGAUUUAUCUGCCACUUAUCAAUUCCUAAACUUUGUACACCCUGGUGUUGAUGAGGAAAUCUGAGUGCAUGGUUUUCGGAAACUAUUCAUGGAACCGAAGAGCGAAAAAGAGAGCGAGCGAGAGAAAGGCACCGUUGCCUGGCCCACUACGCCCCACACGAACUCUGCUCGUCCUGCCUGAUCCAGUUUCCUGUCUGUUUCCGAAGCUACUCCACAUCUUCAAUGGGGCACCGGCAUCUCCAUCUCUGGGUCACUCACAACUGCGAGAUCAGUAUUGGAAACUCCCAACGCCCAAAACUUGGCGAUGGCGCCUCUCGUCAAGCAGUCAAGCCAUGACGGCCUGCCCAAUCUCCCUCUUCUGUCGCAGCGAGUGUUGGUGGAGCUGCAACACGGAAUUGAGCAGCACCUCCAGGGAGCGGAGACGUGGGUGAAGCAGGUGGGGGAUGGCAUUGUGGGGAAGAACCCCGUUCUGAAGAGAAUGCUGCUGCAGGUGGAGGAAUUGAAGGUGGGCGUGGGAUUGAAUCGGGCUGCGUCGUCGAAGCAUGUCGCGUGGAGGUCUCGUAACUUCGCAGCUAUAGUUCCCGGGGACUCUGUUGCGGAGGUUCUGAUCUCGAGCUCUGUGCUCAAUUUCUUGAACCUGUAUAACACUGUGUUGAUUGCGCGGCUGGUGUUGACGUGGUUUCCGAACGCUCCUGAGGCCAUCGUGAACCCGCUUAGCACGAUUUGUGACCCUUACUUGAACGUCUUCCGGGGUAUUAUUCCGCCUCUGGGCACAAUCGACCUGUCGCCCAUUCUUGCAUUCACGGUUCUCGAUGUGUUCACCAGCACCGCGCAGGCACUUCCUUGUGAGCUAGACCACAAGCCGCAGCAGAAGCUGGGGUGGAGGCAAUUGGUGCAGCGCAGGAAAGGUUUGAAGGGGCCUGGUUCGAAGUUUGCUCAAUCCCCAUAGCGCUAUUGCGCAUUUGCAGGGUAGAGAUUUGUUUCCAGGACAAUUGAGUGAAGUUGUACCGAGAUUGCACAUGGGAGUUCCUUUGUUUCUGCAGCUUGUCUCUUGUAGCGCAGCAUAUUUGACAUAAUUUUUGUGACAUUGAUUAAGAUUCUCCUUCACAAUAUUCUUUGCGCCUCUCAUUUGGCAGUGGCAAUCUAAGAUUUGCUUAGACUUGUCAUUUGACAUUUGUAUUGUUUUCUCUAUACACUAUUGUUUGUAAUGGAUACAAAUUGUCAUCA